AUGUUAAGCAAAGAGAAGGGUCAAAAAGUUGGCCUGGACAGCCCGUAUCGGCUGCUGUAUUGUUCAAGCAAGGGUGACAAAGCAGGGGUGAUGCAUGAGUUAGAGAAAGGUGUGAAGCCCAAUCUGGCUGACUAUGAUAAGAGAACAGCUCUUCAUUUGGCAUCCUGUGAAGGCUGCACUGAGAUUGUUGAUCUACUUCUUCAUAAAGGUGCUGAUGUGAACUCCACGGAUCGCUGGGGCCGCACUCCACUGUCAGAUGCUCGUAGCUUCAGUCAUGAGGCGAUUUGCAAGAUAUUGGAGGCUAGAGGUGGAAUAGAUCCGGUAGGGCUUGACUCCCAACUUCCGUGCUAUGAAAUUGAACACACUGAGGUGAACAUGGAUGAAGCAACGCUUAUUGGAGAGGGAUCAUAUGGUGAAAUUUAUUUAGUGAAGUGGCGUGGUACAGAAGUUGCUGCUAAAACAAUCCGAUCCUCCAUUGCUUCCAAUCCCACAGUGAAGACUAUCUUUCUGAAGGAACUUGCUUUGUGGCAAAAGUUGCGCCACCCUAACAUAGUGCAAUUUCUUGGUGUUCUGAGGCACACUGACCGCUUGAUCUUCCUUACCGAGUAUCUUUGCAAUGGAAGUUUGCAUGAUAUAUUAAAGAGGAAAGGAAGACUUGAUUUACAAACCGUAGUUUCUUAUGCUUUAGAUAUCGCCAGAGGUAUGAAUUAUCUCCAUCAGCAUAAACCACGCCCUAUAAUCCACAGAGAUUUGACACCAAGAAAUGUGUUACAGGAUGAAGCUGGGAGACUCAAGGUCACAGAUUUUGGCUUAAGCAAAAUUGCACAGCAAAAUGAUGUAUCUGGUUACAAAAUGACUGGACGAACAGAUCGUUAUAUGGCACCUGAGGUUUAUCGUCGAGAAUCAUAUGGGACGAGUAUCGAUAUCUUCUCAUUCGCUCUGAUAGUACAUGAGAUGUUUCUAGGAGGACCACCUAAUCUGGCAGAGGACCCGGAGAAAAUUGCAGACAAGCGAGCAUAUGAAGAUUCUCGACCGCCUCUCUUCUCUUAUUUGUAUCCAGAACCAAUCAGGACGCUCCUUAAAGAAUGCUGGCACCAGAAUCCAGAUUGCCGGCCAACAUUCGAAGAGAUCAUUUUGCAGUUGGAGACAAUUCAAGAGAAAUUUCAGAACAAGAAAAGAAUGGGAACCUGUAUUGGUGCUUGUGCCAUCUCAUAA